AUGGGUACGGCGACAGAGAUAAUGGAGAGAGAUGCAAUGGCUACGGUGGCUCCCUACGCUCCGGUCACUUUUCAUCGCCGUGCUCGUGUUGACAUGGAUGAUAGACUUCCUAAACCAUAUAUGCCAAGAGCACUGCAAGCACCAGACAGAGAGCAUCCAUACGGAACCCCAGGACAUAAGAAUUACGGACUUAGUGUUCUUCAACAACAUGUCGCUUUCUUCGAUAUAGAUGAUAAUGGCAUCAUCUACCCUUGGGAGACCUACUCUGGGUUGCGAAUGCUUGGUUUUAAUAUCAUUGGGUCGCUUAUCAUAGCCGCUGUUAUCAACCUGGCCCUUAGCUAUGCUACUCUCCCGGGAUGGUUACCUUCACCGUUCUUCCCUAUCUACAUACAUAAUAUACACAAGUCAAAGCAUGGAAGCGAUUCAAGAACAUAUGACAAUGAAGGGAGGUUUAUGCCGCAAAUAUGCGAAAACCUUGCCAGACAAAUUCUUGGAGAGUUGUGGGACAUGACAGAAGGACAACGCGACGCAUGGGACAUUUUCGGAUGGGUUGCAAGCAAAAUAGAGUGGGGAUUGUUGUACUUGCUAGCGAGGGAUGAAGAAGGGUUUUUAUCGAAAGAAGCAAUUAGACGGUGUUUUGAUGGCAGUUUGUUUGAGUACUGCGCCAAGAUCUACGCCGGUAUCAAUGAAGACAAGACAGCUUACUACUAA